AAAGAAAAAGAAAACGAGAAAGCUCAGAGAAGAAAGAUGCCAAGCAAGUUAAAGAAGGCAAUUGAGGCAGUGAAGGACCAAACAAGCAUCAGCCUUGCCAAGGUUGUUAACACUAAUUCCUCAAAUCUUGAUGUGGCUGUUCUCAAGGCCACAACCCGUGACCAAGUGCCCAUUGACGAGCGUUACGUCAGUGAAAUCCUUCAGACAAUCUCAUCCAACAAGCUCCAUGCUGCAAUUUGUGCCCAUGCCAUUGCUAAAAGAAUUGGCAAAACAAAGAACUGGGUUGUUGCCCUCAAAUCUUUGAUGCUUGUUCUUCGAAUUUUUCAAGAUGGCGACCCCUUUUUCCCUAUAGAAGUCCUUCAUGCAAGGAAUCGUGGAGCCAAGAUUCUAAACCUUUCCAAUUUCAGGGAUUACUCCAAUUCAAGCCCUUAUGAUUACACGGCCUUUGUAAGGUCGUUUAGCUUUUAUCUUGAUGAGCGUUUAGAUUGCUUUGUCACAGGGAAGCUUCAAAGAAGAUUUACGAACAAAGAGAGGCAAAGUAGCUAUCCAAGAAGCCAUCGAGUUAAGCAACAGCCUGUUCGAGAUUUGAAACCGCCAAUGUUGCUUGACAGGAUUUCUUAUUGGCAACGAUUGCUUGAUAGAGCCAUUGCCACAAAGCCAACAGGCGCAGCCAAGACAAACCGUCUGGUUCUGAUUUCUCUUUAUGAUGUCGUCCAAGAAAGCUUUGAUCUUUACAGGGACAUAUCUGAUGGACUCGGUCUUCUUUUAGAUGGUUUCUUUCAUUUGCAAUAUCAAUCCUGCGUCAAUGCCUUUCAAUAUUGUGUGAAAGCCACAAAACAAUUCGAAGAGCUUUCUUCGUUUUAUGAUUUUUGUAAGAGCCUUGGAGUUGGGAGAACCUCAGAAUAUCCAAGUGUGCAGAAGAUAUCAGAAGAGCUUAUGGAAACUUUACAAGAAUUCUUGAAAGACCAAGCUUCGUUCCCAUCUCCUGGGAAAUCCCCAUCUUCUAAUUCGGCUCAUUUGCUUCUUCUACCGGCACCAUCAGCCAAGGAUCCUUCAGAAACUACAGAGAGAGAAUCUCAAGCUGGUUCAAGAUGCACAUCCUUGGAAGAUUUGAUGAGUCAGACAGAACCUGCUGAAACUCUAAGCCCAUCUUUCUUAGUCGGACAUUUUUCGGAGCUGUCUGAAAAAAGGUGUCACGAACAAGAAGAUAUGUAUAAUGUCACUGAAACUGGUUCAAAUCAUUCCUUGCCCAUUGAUCAAGGGACAAAUGUGACUAUAGAUUUUGUAUCCUUUGAUGACUGGCCAACGGUUGAUAAAACCCAAAGGCAACAAAAUUCAGCAAUUUCGAAUUCAACUAAGGGUGAAAAGGGUUGUUGGGAGCUUGAUUUACUAGAGGCGACAGCACAACCUGUAGAGGUUUCUCAAAACUUAGCAAACGAUCACUCUUUCUUUGACAACUGGUUACAACAAGAUCAUAAAAAAGAACAAGCUUCUCAAAUUGAAGGCAAUGGUCAUUCAUAUAUCAAUGACUGGCUACAAGAAAAUCAACAGCAUGAGCAAGCUGCUCACAACGUAGCCAAGGGCCAUUUGUUUUUUGAUGGUUGGUUACAGGAAGAUAAAAAACUAGAACCAGCUUCUCAAAUUGUAGCUAAUAAUGGCCACUCCUAUUUUGAUGACUGGCUUCAGGAAGAUAAAAAAGAACCAGAAGAAGAACAACAUUCAGCAUCGAAUUGGAGCAAUGGUAGUAAGGAAGGUUGGGAGAUUGUGUCAGUAGAAGCCGCAACACAACCUGCACAAGCUUCUCAACAUUUAGCCUAUGGAAUUGAGCCCUCAAUGGCAAAUUAUUUAUUUGAUCAAAGGCCAAUAUUACCUCCACGCCAAUACAAUCCAUUUCUUGAAGAUGAAACAGAUAUAUCAGCAUCCAUUGCCACCACUACCAAUGACAAUGCAGCUUUUCCUGAUAAUUUCUCGAUGGCACCAACAUUUCAGGCAACACCAGCUUUCUUCGCUCAGAGUCCUAAUGAAAUGGCCACACCAACAUUUCAUGCGAUACCAACAUCUAUUUCCCAGGAUCCUAAAGGGACAACAGCAGCGUUUAAGGAUGACGACUAUGACCCUUUCGGUCAAUGGCCUACUAUGAAAGCUAAAAACAAUGUUUCUCCUGAUGGAUCAGUAGAUCAACAAAAUGUGUUGCUUCAACAAGAGUUGUGGUUGCAGAACCAAGACAAGAUUAUGGCAAGGCACAUAGUUUGAUCUAUUCUUGAAUAAAAAUGUAUAUUCAUUUUGUAAAUAACUUCGUAAAACAAAUUUACUAGUUUACAAUUUUUUCAAUCAACCUCUUUUUUGGUAGUUUGCCAGGAUAAUCCAACAUACAA